CCAUUUUUUUUUCAAAUGAAUUCCGAUCAGACCUACGGUGUGUACUGUGACGAUGACAACAAACUGCAUUUCUAUAAUUGUGCACCAAUAAAGGAAAAACAGCCUGCUCCGAAAAUAGAAAAUCCCGUCAAAAAGCUCAUCAAGAAAAUGUUCAAACGUCAGGACUCAGCCGGUGCCAAUACAUCCGGUUCAGAGCUCUCCCUCGCCUCGUACACAAAGAAGUGAAGAGGCCACUCGUGUUUCUCACGCUGAGGAACUGCGUGUUAUUGUGCGUAAUCAAUUUUCAUAUACAUAUUGUUGUUGAGCGAUCUCAUGAGAAAAUCAUAAAUUUUU